GCGCUGUAGCUUAAGAGUGAGCUUUGUAUGCAGAGAAGAGGUUAAUUUCCGCAGAAGAAGCGAUCUCUCGAGAGAAAGAAAGAUGUAUGACUAAAGUGUGGUCACUAAGCUAAGUUUAAGAGAGAUAAGAUAAACAGAAAGAAGAAGGAAAAAGACUGAAACCAAUUCCUCUCUCGGUACCGAGCCAACGAGUGAAGCUCCUCCCACAGGAAUCACAUCAUCAGUGAAGCUCCUCCCACAGGAAUCACAUCAUCAGUGAAGCUCCUCCCACAGUAGUUCACCAAUAAAUGCUGGAACAUCUCAUCAGUUCAGAAGAGAAGAAGAGCUGAAAUCUGUCAAGUCUGAGUUUAUUGAAGAGGACAGAGAGAAGAUGAGAGAUCAAGAAGCCUCAACCCUCAGAAUCAAACACACUGAAGAUACUGAACAAACAGAGCUGAUCGAAGAGAACCAGGAGCGUGAAGAAUUGAGUGAAGUUGAGGAGAAAAAUCAUGUCAAAACCAGAGAAAAAUUUCUGAGUUGCCCUCAAACCAAACAGAAAGAUUUAAAGAAAAGAAGAGCCAAGAAAUCUUUCACCUGCACUCAGUGUCCAAAGAGUUUCACAAGCAAAUCUUAUCUUGAUAUUCACAUGAGAGUUCACACUAGAGAGAGACCAUACACAUGUGAUCAGUGCGGCAAGAGUUUCUCUAAAAAAAAAUACCUUCCAUUGCACAUGAACAUCCACACUGGAGAGAAACCGUACACGUGUGAUCAGUGCGGGAAGUGUUUCACACAAUCAACAAACCUUAAUAGUCACAUGAAGAUCCACACAAGAGAGAAACCGUACACUUGUGAUCAAUGUGGGAAGAGUUUCACACAAUCAACAAACCUUAAGAGACACAUGAAGAUCCACACAAGAGAGAAACUGUACUCAUGUGAUCAGUGCGGGCAAACAUUUUUGUGGGCUUCAAACCUGAAAAGACACCUGAGAGUUCAUACACAGGAGAAGCCAUAUUCGUGUGAUUUGUGUGGAAAGAGUUUUACAUUGCUACAAAGUUUGAAACAACAUCAGAAACUUCAUACUGGUGUGAAAGAGUACAUGUGCUUUGAGUGUGAAAAGACUUUUAUUUCAGCGGGCAAUUUAAAACAGCAUGAGAUGAUUCACACUGGAGAGAAACCUUACAAGUGUUCACACUGUGACAAGAGAUUCAGUCGGUCAGGAGACCUGAAAACACAUGAGAUGAUUCACACUGGAGAGAAACCUUACAAGUGUUCACACUGUGACAAGAGAUUCAAUCAGUCUUCAUACCUGAAAAUACAUGAGAGGAUCCACACUGGAGAGAAACCUUACAAGUGUUCACACUGUGACAAGAGAUUCACUCAUGCAGUAAGUCUGAAAAUACACGAGAGGAUCCACACGGGAUAGAAACCGUAUCACUGCACUGCAUGUGGGAAGUGUUUCAAUGAUUCAUCUGCUCUACACAGUCAUACAAAAAACAUUCACAGUAAGUAGAUAAUCUUCAGAUCCUGCACUUUCAGAUCUAAUGCUGCAAUAAUGCUGCAAGCAAUAAAAUAUCACCUGGAUAAAUCUGUCCUAAUCAGACAUUACAAGCAACAUGACAGAAACAAGUUUUCACAGUUAAUAAAGUUCAUCUUCAUCUUCAAAAGCAGCAGAUUCAACUGAGAUUCAGAUCAACUCAAAGAUGGAGUUUCUACCCAAAGAACAAUGUCGAAAUGUUUUAUUAUUGUAUAUCAUUUUGCUUCAUGAUAUAAAUGUUAUACUUGUAAUUUUAUAUGAGUUUCAUGUUACCGUAAUUCCUCAAAUAAAAACCGGUAGUCAAAUAAACGGCGGGCCUCUUAUAGUGGCCGGGGGCGUGGUAACACGGACAAAUUAAGGCCGGGGGGAAAUUUGUGCAGCAGAGCCAGAUAACGAACGUACACGCCCACUGCCGGAGCGUUUCUCGCUCUCGAGUCAAGAACCGGUUGCAUCGGUUUUCGGAUCACCAGUACACUGAACCGAGAAGCAUUU